AUGUUGUACUUUCCAGUCCCGAUUUGGCCCGGUUCCCGGAACGGUUACGUCUACGAACUUCUUUGGGCAUUUGAUCUACAAAUGAACUGUCGUCGUCCAAUUUGCCGUAUCCGAGUGGAUUACAAGUAUCCCCACGAGAACGGCAACCCCAAUCGGCUUGUCGACGUCAAGAAUACGUCAACAUAUCCAACCGCCUCCUACAACGCUUUGGGUUUCAGAAUCUCCAAAAAUCCAAAGGAUGACGUUGUAAUCGACGAAUUCACACCCUCAGUUUUCGUCCAAGCCGAAUUCCCGUCCGGAAAAGAAAUACAACUAGGAAAUACUCUAAAAGUAGCAGCUACACAGGAGCAACCAAAGGUCAUUGUUACACCAGAUAAUGUAUCUUCAGAGUCUGAGGACACAAGGUAUACGCUGUGCUUGACUGACCCUGAUGCUGCUUCUCGUGAUAACCCGAAAUGGGCGGAAUUCUGUCACUGGCUGGUCACCGGUAUCCAACGACCAUCCUCCGGACCUCUUGAUUUCAAAAACUCGAAAGAGUUAUUGGAGUACAUGGGUCCCGCUCCACCAGAGAAAACAGGGAAGCACAGGUAUGUCCUGUUGUUAUUCAAAAACGGUAAAAAGGAGCCUCAAAAGCUAGAUGGGAGGAAGAAAUGGGGGUUUGAAGAUCAUGAACCCAGGGUUGGUGCGAGACACUAUGCGAAGAAGUAUGAUUUGGAACUCGUUGGAGCCAACUUCUUCUUGUGCCAAAAUGAAAAACAGGACGACUGA